GCUUCUCUGGCUGCUGUUUGUUGAGAGAACAUCAUGGCGUCGGGAGCAGGAGAGUCGUCCAGCGGACACGAUGCAGAAUUGGACGAGCUGCUGGACAGUGCGCUGGGUGACUUUGACAAGGCCCCUCCAGCUCCUGAGCCUGCAGCAGCUUCCUCCUCGGUAGACAGUGGAGCAGAAAAGCCGCCCCUGCUGGAGGACUGCAAGCUGUUUGAGACUUUGUUUGAGGGAGACAUGGCUGCUCAGGCCAAGGACGAGUGGGAGAAAGCCAUGACAGAGCUGGCUCAGGAGGAGCCAGAGUUACUGCAGCACUUUCAGAAACUGUCAGAGGCUGCAGGGAAAGUUGGCACUGAUACCGCUUCACAGCAAGAGUUCACCUCCUGUCUAAAGGAAACGCUCCGUGGCUUGGCCAAAAAUGCAGAUAACCUUCAGUCCACGGGACUGGCGGGAGAUGACCUCGUCAAGGCUCUGGAAGGACUGGGUCUGGAUGAGGGUGGAGAAGCUGGCGGUGAGGAUGGAAACAUCCUGCCCAUCAUGCAGUCCAUCAUGCAUAACCUUCUCUCUAAGGAAGUGCUUUACCCAUCUCUAAAAGAAAUCACAACCAAGUACCCAGAGUGGCUGGAGGCCAACAAGUCGGCGAUCAGCUCAGAGGAAUACCAGCGCUUUGAGCAGCAGUCCAAGAUCAUGGGAGAGAUCUGCCAGCUGUUUGAGAAGGAAGAGGAGGCUUCAGACAAAGACAGUACAUUCGAGAGCAUCAUGGAACUGAUGCAGAAGCUUCAAGACCUUGGACAGCCACCGAAAGAGCUGGCAGGAGAUGCACCUCCUGGCUUCAACUUCGACAUGGAGUCCCUCAACCUCCCCGGAGGCCCCGGGGCCGGCGCAGGAGAGCAGUGCUCCAUCAUGUGAGGAGGCGGUGGGCGUGGCUUAUCCAGCGCCGGGAGCCCGCAGGUCACCGUGUGCGUCGGCCGCAGGGAGGGAGUGAAAACGCCAGGCGGGAAUCUGGCCUCGUGGCCACACUGCUUCCCUCUGGGAGGAGGUGUGUGUGCAAACAGCAACCACAACAGAGCCGGAAGCACGGAAACCAAAAAAGAGCCGGUCACAAAAACACACUCUCUUCUCUGUAAAAUCACCAAACGCACAAAGAUGAACAUUUUAAUAUCCUUUCCUCAGUUUGAUCUUGGUUGCUGCAGUUUCUUCGGUUUAAUUGAGCAGUCUCACCAUCGUAAGACAUGGCGUCUGCCACGCUCUGUGUCGUGUUCGCAUACUGUUUAGCCUGACGGUAAACUCACUGGUGAACGGUGCCUUCGCUAAAUGACUCACAUCAGCUGUUGUCUUAGUAUCGUCUGAAAUUGAAUAAUAAUUUGUUCUGAAGAUACGGUUAUAAUAUACAUCUGCAAUAUCUGUCGAGGUUUUCUGCCUAAACUAAUUCCAAAAACUGUACAGAACUGAACUUAAGUUAGUUUUUUAACAGGAAAAAUAUGAAAAAGAGGUGAGUGUUGGUCAGUUUUUUUUAAUAUAUAUAUAUAUAUAUAGAGAGAGUUACAGAAGGGGACUUUCUUGUGAGAAGAUUCCAGGAUCUCCAGUAGCUCACUGAAUUAAAUGAACCCCAUUCCCCGAGUGUCACUCCCCAUCCCCACAUGUUGAUUUGAAAGGAUUGCCGGGCGCCUUUGCUGUGGUUCCAGUGAUCAUUAUAGUGUAGAGUUACUGUGCAAAGUGCUUCCAGUGUGAUUCCCCGUGUUCUCAAUGUGCAGAGUGAUGGAUCCUGCUGGAAAAGCAAAACACAGAUUGUAAUUCAGCGUGUUCGCUGUCUGAUUGGGCGGACCUGUAACCCUCGGAGGUACAGCGCUGUUUCUGGAAAAGGCGACUGGCAGGGAGAAUCCAGAACAUCCCAUUGUGUCAUGAGCAUGCAUAUAAUGCAUGCAGGAACACUGUCGGUUGAAACAUCAGCAGCCUGAUGUUAGCGUUUUGUGGCGGUGUUUGAAAGGUGUGUUUACUGCAGUGGAUGUGUUGCGUUGACUGCUGCUGCUGCUGGACAAUGGUUUACCGGAGCAACCGCAGAGAGGUGGCCAGAAAUGACGCGAACGCCGGCCCGUCAAUAACCACGGAGCCGACUGAAAGGGUUCGGUCAGCCGUGCACUGAGAAGGAAUGAUAUAUACAUCAGCCCCGGCCGAGGGGAGGCUGCUCCACACGUUCCGUCUCGGGGGAGGAAGUGCGACCUUUUCACCUCGAGGCCGAUGCUCCUUCAAAGAAAAUGCAACCUGUUAUUUUUGCCACUAUCUUGUUGGAUUUGUAAAUAUAUGAAAUAAAAGCAAUGAUGUGAUGCA